AUGGCUGCGAGAUCAGCUGUUUCAUCGAACGAAAUCAACACACAUUCUGCUACAUGGAGUGCUCACCAGAUUCCAACCAAGCUGCCUCUGAGCCAAGUAGGUAAUCCGAAUCCACAGCACCAGCAGCGUCCGUCAAGGUACUUACAUAAAGCAGCAAGGGAAAUUCUCCCACUUCUUCGUGCCCGUGCAAAUGGCGAGAAAGAAGGUACUACGACCAGCACCAUCAAUGUACCAUGCAGUGGCCAAAACAUUCAAAAACUCCAAGCCCGUGCACACACCAUUCGCCACGCAAACACAACUGCCUCUCCGGCAGCGGUCUCAACCAUCACUGUCACUGUGACCAUCACCACAAUCCCAGACUACUGCCUCACAGCCGUGCACUUCAGUCCAAUCCCCAUCGUCCCAACAGCAACACUCACACAAGCCUCCUCACUCCUCGCCGCCGCAAGCGCAGCCCUCCAAUCCGCCACUGCCACGACAGGUCCCGCCAAUACCAGCAUCUCCAUCAUCACACCAGCACCAGCACCCGUCCCCAUCAUCCCUGCCCCGAAGCUCAUCGGCACGGCUGCGAAUGCAGGCAUCCCCCAGGGCGCCAACUCCACGCUGCCGAGACUGACGCCCACACCAACGUCGACGACAAUUGGAGCAGCAGCCCCGAUCCAGCCCGUCCGUGGCGACGCGUCCAGCUUUACCAGACGCGAGGAAUUCUCCAUUGCUGUGUCUACUGCGCUCGGGAUCUUACUAUUUGAUUGGGUCUUUGUGCCUUUUCUCCGUGCGAUGGCAGAGAGGGCUACGCGCGCUGUGAAGAGGGAAUAG